AAUCUAAUCAAGCAAUCUUACGUAUUUUUCACAUAAUCAUAUCCCAAUUGAUUGUCUUUCCGGAUUACUUGUUUUGAUAAGGUUUACCCAGAUGCAAACACUUCUGUCUUUUUUUUCGCGACGCUAUUGAAUGUGGACUGUCAUAAACAAAACGAUUCAAUCAAAAACUUUGAUUGAUUGCACGAAAAGCAUUUGGUAAACUAAAAGAACAUUUUUUUCAUUGAAACAAAAUAUUUUCUGAAAUCAACGAAAUGCGGCCUACAAAACAAGUUUGAUGAAUGAAGAAAAUUUUUUUCUGGAACAACAAUACUUGCCGAAAUCUUCGACACUACUGAUAAUUGAGGCCCACACCUGAUAGGCAAAUAAAAAAUGGCACUCUCCGUAAAAUUCAUUCAACUUCUCCAGAAUGAAGCGGUGCCAAAAUUAAAACGUUCGAAACUAUCGGAAAGCAAUAUAAAUUCCAUCAGUGAUUGGGACAAGGACCUCACUAAUCGUUGGGCUUCAAACGCUUGCGCAGAAUGUAACAACCAAGAAUGCAUAUUGCAACACAUCUUGGCACGCGAGAAUCUCCAAUCGAAAAGUGGAACAACCUACGAAGUCAAAGAAUUUGUCGUCAACUCGUUUGCAGACCUCCUAAGUAAUUCGUCAUCAACGAAUAAUGCUCUAAAAAACGAAAGCGCAGACUUCUUCGAAAACAUUUUUCACGGCUGCAAUUGCAUUCUGUCAAACAUUGAAAUGCAGCAGUAUUUUAAAAGCGAUCUAAAAAAACUCAAUUUAUUGAUAAAAUAUUUUUUAGAUUUCGAAUCUCUAACCCUGGAAACUUCCAAUCCGAUUAUUAAAACAAUGGCACAGAAUUCUUUCUCUAUCGUCAUGGAUUAUUAUCUUCAAAUUUAUAAACAAUUCUCGAACAAGGAGCUCUUUGCUAAGUAUUUUUUAAAAAAGAUUCUCUUUCCGUUUUACAACUUAGCAAAGUCUACGAAAAUUGAUUCCGAGCUGCAAAGGUGCAUUCAAACUUUAUUAUUCGCUAAAAUCUUUCACUCGCAAUACAAAAAAUUCACUCCCGAAAGUGAAGGAAUUCCAGCAACUCUUUUUUCCACUUUAAAGGAAAUUGCAGAUGCAGAUUCCAAAAUAAGUUUCACGAUUUUCGAAGUCGUUCUUCGCAUGGCUGUUAAAUCUUACGAAUCUGAUGCCAAAGUAGUUGAUUUAAUGUUCAGAAAUAUGGUCCAAAGUUCAAAUCGUGACAAAAAUAUAUUUAAAAAACUUCUCGAUUGUUUAACCGGUGUUAACUUAAACAUGGAGAACAAAGUCGAGGACCUUAUGUUAUCGGAAUAUCUCAAAAGUUGUGUUGACGAAAUUCUUUUAAAAGAAAAUUUGGAUAGUCUCGAUUACGAAAUAAUAGCAGGAAUCAUAAAUAUGAAUCCCUUCAUGCUAGAGAAUAAUUUCGUAGAAGUUUUGAUAAAGAUCCUCCCAAAAAAUUCUGAGAUUAAUGAAUCAGCUUACUCUCAGUUUUUCAUGGCGAUUUUAAAUGCUAGUAUUUGUCUUCGACGUGAACACAAAUUAAUUCUACAAUUAUUGAUGGCUACUAGAAAAAUGCUGACGAAAAAUUCGAGAUAUAAAUCUGAAACUGAAAUUUUCGUUCCUUUACCUCAAGAAUUUUUAACCAAAUUUAUGGAGUCGAUUAGUAACAUUACUAUUUCACAAACGACGACAAUUCUUAGGUCUUUGACAUUUCAUUUGGAACUUUGCUGUGUCGAUAUUUCACUUCCAACUUAUUCGAAAUCUGCUUCUUUGAUCUUGGAAGUAAUUGUUGGAUUGAUUAUUCCAUUCAUGAAAGGAAUUAAAAUAUUCGACUCUGUGAGGUACAUAAAUGCCCAAAAGAAAUUUUGUCAUGCUCUCAUUAAACUAGGAAGAAGUUUUUCGUCCAUGACUGAAAGAAUUUUGAAAAUCGAUUGCAAUAAAAGAGUCCUUUUCACAUUUGUAAAAGCUUGUCAAGCUUGGAAUGAUCUCUGCAAUUUAAUAUCCCAUUAUGUUUCUAAUUUGGCUUCAGAUGAAUUAUCCUCUUUCUUUUCGACUAAAAAAUGGUUGAAGUUAGUCGAAAAAAUCGAGAGUCUUGAAGAAAAUUCUGAAGAAGUAAGAUCAGAAUUUUCAGAGGCCUUGUUAAUUAAUUUAACGAAAGAAGAUAAAUUAAUCCAAUCCGUAAAUUGUCGAUCGCAUCUCUGGGUUUCUGUUGCACGAAAUAAUCCGAGUGUAAUUUCAAAUUUAAGUGGUCAACAGUUAUCCGAAAUUGCAGAAACUAUAGUUCCCCAAUUAACUAAAGAUUUUUCUAAUCAAAAUGAACAGUGGAGUAAAGGCAAAACGAACGUUAAAUUUGUGUCUGCUAUCGUUAAUCAAGUUAUCAUUAAGAGCGAAAAUAAUAUUAAAUCGGAUGCGACAAAACAUCUUUUGGGUAAAAUUGUUCGCGACUUUAAUUGGAAGAAAGUCAUCUCGAAAAUUAAAAAAGGGAGUUUACUAGGAAGCGAUUUAGAGUUUACAAAAAAUAGCAAAACAAAGGAUUCCAAGAUGAUAAAAGAGUAUAUUAAUCUUCUCUCUUCUAUGAAUUUGUCACAUUUAAAUCACGAUGUUAGAAUGGUAUUAUUCAUUUUUAUAUCUGCUAUCAGUCUGGAAUUUUGCCAGGAAAUAUCUGAAAAAUGCAACGAAAUAUUGCUGGAUCUUCUUCAAGAAAAUGAUCUCGACAUUUUCCAAUUUACGAACCAAAAAUUUUUAGUUUAUUUGAACUCAUUCCCAAAAGAAGUUUUGUCACAAGUUUUCGACUUGCCUCUCAAAAACGAGUCUUUUAAUUCUUUGAUCAACUUCAUUGAUUCGAAUGAAAUUAAGACUGAAGUUAUAACUGUUUUCCUGAAUUCAGUUCAGAGACUAAAGCGGCAUAGAAACUCUGAAGAGAUUAAAAAGUUGAGGACCUUGGUUGGAAAAUGGAAUAAUCAGCCUGCCACAGAAAAUUACAGUACUGUUAGUUUAGUGAACUUGACUUUCACUUUGAAAGAUGCAGUUGCUGAUAAAAAAUUUAGUGACGAUUUGAAAGAGACUACGAACCGAACUCUGCUCGAUGUUUUUAAAAAUUCUGAUAAUAAAUCUAAAAUUUGUGAAGAAUGCUUGCAACUUUUAGAACUUGUCUUGAGAAAUCGAUCGCUUUUAGGAAUUGCAAAUGAAACUCUAAAUUUGAUAUCAACAGCAAUUUUGCACAACCCGAGCGAAACAGUUCUUCGACCCUUUUUAGAAACUCUGAGUUCCGAGGAAUUUAACUUAUUUGUAAAAUCUUUACAGAAACAAACUACUUUCGCCUUAGGAGAAGAUAACGAAAGUAUAUUAAAAAAUAGUCUUUUAAUCUGGAACUAUAUUAUCAAAAUCGAACUAGCAGAAGCUCGUAAUAAGCUUCGUUUAACAGCGAUUAAUAAUUUAUUUUACACGAUAGAAAGAGCGUCGAUUUCCGAGAAACAUUGGUUGUGUUUGUUAAAAUUAUUCCAGGCGAUUGUAAGCUCCAAGCUUAUUCAAAUCUCCGAUCAAAAUAUUGAUUUCAUUCUCCUUUCUUGUAUGAAAUGUGUGAAACGAGUGGGUCUUUCGGCAUGUCGAGAUAUUUUAGCCUUGUAUACUUCAGUCGUCAAAUUAAGGACAAAUUUCGUGGAGAACAAAUUGUCGCUGUUGGUUCUCUUGAACAAGGAAAUAAUUAAGGUCUUGAGUGACGAGAGGAAAAAAUUGGGUGACGCGAACGAUCAAUAUCAACUGGAGUGCUUGGUUUCUGAUCUUGAGAAAUUUGUAAUUUCACUGAAAAAAAUAGGGGGAAAUAUCUCCGAAGUGUUUCCUUACUUGUUGACUGAUUUGGUCGAGUGGUAUUCUUAUCAUUUGCUGCCAAAGAAUUUGAGGAAUUCUUUGGAAAUUAUCGUACAACAUCUUUUGAAGCAUUGCGAGCAUGAGACGAUUGAAUUUAUAAAUCGAACUUUGCCAUUAGCUACGCAAAAAAUAUUUAAGGAACUUGUGGCGACACAUAGGAGAUAUUAUAAGUUUACAGGGAAAAUUUAGAAUUCAUAUAUAUUAAUUAAUUUUAUAAGGAAAAUUGAGAAUAAACUAAAUUUUUUGACAAA